AUUUUAAUAAAAACAACAAUGAAAAAAAGAGACAAAUUCUUUGUACUCGCUUACUUCUUAAAUAUUCUUAAUGGAAUUUUCUUGCUAUUAGGUCUUAUGCUUGUAGCAUUUGGUCACUGGAUUUUGCUUGAUGGAAACAAAUUUGUCACAUUUUUAUUAUCUACAGGUGAAAAUUCUUUGAGGGAUUCAAUUUCUAAUAUGCUACUUGCCACUGGAUCCAUCAUUGUCUUCAUUGGUCUCUUGGGAUACCUAGGAAGCAUUAGAAGGAUCAGAUGUUUAGUCACUGUGUAUAUGGUUCUUGUUUUCCUUGUCUUUGUGGCCCAAGUUGGAAUGCUCAUACAUCUCUAUAUAGGAACAGGAAUGGUUAACAAACGGUGGAAAGUUCAAAUGGAUGAACUUAUUUCUACCUAUGGGAAUACAAAACGGCCUGAAAAGGAACCUCAGUGGAAUAUUCUGAACAGCAUUCAGCGUAUGCUACAAUGCUGCGGGAGAUACAAUUUCACAGACUGGAAAGGGAAUGAACACAAAGAACAUGCAAAUCAGGUGCCAUGUUCUUGCACAACCUCCAACUCAAAGGAUUGGUUUUGUGAUACACUGAAAAAUGGCACGUACACUAAGGGUUGUGAGGAAGAUAUUGAGGCAUGGUAUGAAGAAACUAUUUGGAUUUUAUUUGGGAUUCAUUUUGGACUGCUAGCUGUAGAAGCUCUUCAGUUCAUAGUCUCCGCCUGGCUAUGUGGCACAAUGAGGAAGAAUGUGGUUCUGCCUACAAAGUAGCAAAAUAUUUGU